CGUAUCAGUCGCGCAUUUCGGUCCGUUUCGGACGAAUAGCAAGGGAGGAAAAAAGGUAGUAGCAGAAGCAGCAAUUUCACCAUCGCGACCACCACGGCCACCACCAUCACGACUAUUAUCACUACUAGACCACGACGACUAGCACCGCGAACAUCGUCACUCCGAAGAAUCGUAAGAUAAAGCGAGAGAGUGCCGUCGCGGACAUUUGAUUAUCCAGUGCUUCGUGUGUCGCCAGGAAAGUGACAAGUGUGCGCGCGCGCGUGUGUGUGUCUGUGGUGUGCGGUGAGUGAAAAAAAAAGAAAAAAGAGGAAAAAGAGAGUGUGUUUUGAGAUAGAAAGGUGUCAGGAGAGAUAGAACUGCUAAAAGACAAGAAGGGCAUGGAGCGAUACUAACGUUCGAGGGAUAAGAGUGAGAAAGUGGCGAGAAAUCGAAACCUCUGCGAGAGUGUGUAAUGGACAACCUGCUGGAUGAUCUGAACGUGACGUGGCGAUGACAAGUCUGAUAUUAGAGAACGCAGACUUGAACCGACUGUUUCCAAAAUGCCGGCCUAGGGGCGGACAACCCCCGAAAUCGGGGGCCAUAACGCAUACCGGAAGCCAGCCGCAUGACAACCAUUUCUGUCGUAACGAAAAGCCAACAAUCGCUCUCGAGAACGACGCGCAUAACGUGACGACAGCCACAUUUCCUAUAUCCAACAAUAUGAUAGACCUCGAGCGCGAUACGACCGACAGGACGGCAAGCGUGAUGCCUGGAUUCGGUGGGGAUGCUCAUCAGCAGAUCGGGGUAAAUCCGAAGCCAACGUCUUCCAGCUCGUCAUCGGCAUCGGGGCGUAGCGAGGAUCAGCCGAAUUAUGGAAGUCUCGGGGGGAGCGAUCAUCAGGCACAAUCCCAGCAGGACGAUAGCGGACCGGACGAGGGUCCCGUUUAUAUUUUGACCUCUGCUAAAGGCGAUCGGAGUUACAAACUUCGCGAUUCCAGGAUCAUCGAAAUUGCUGGUGGUCGAGAAGUUUUCUCCCAGAGCAGAGGCAAGGUAGCAGCUAGAAAGCCACGGUUCCUGUCAACUUCAAAACCUCAGGCCAACGACGAUCCACCUACCGAUAACAAAUUGGCUAUCAAAAAAAAUAACAAAUCACCCAAUAGACAGAGCGUAUGGGAGUUGCGUAGCAGAUGCGGUGAAACAAGACGUCAGAGAGCGAAUCGUGAAGUAACAGAGACUGUAUUUUCAUCGGAGGUUCAUUCGGUGCGCCGUAAUCCAUCUAAAUCGAUAUUGGAUUACGAUUCGCCGAAAGCUGUCCGUGGCAAUCGUAUAAUAAAUUACGAUUCGGUACUAAACAGCAAUAAUGUAGAUUACAACGCAUCGAAGAGUAUCACAGAUUUGGAAUAUGGAUUGCCAAAAAAUUGCAUAGAUUACCAGUCGAACAAUACAACGCCGGCUCGUAGUAUGGCGAUUGUGAGUGAUGGUGAAGUCGUCGUUUUUGACGAUAUCGAUGAUAAUUGGCAAGGUUUGCGUCUUGAUCUCGGUACUACAAAUACCAGUCAAGCUUUGACCGGUUGUAUUGAAGUCGAACACGAUGAUGACAGACAGCGAAAUCGAGGACAAUCGGAACGUCCUACUUCGAGUGUCGGAAGUACACCGAGUCCGACACCGACUUAUACGCGCAAAACGUCGGAAUUUAUUAAGGUCGUUGCACCUACGAGCGAUUGUGAGGCGGGUUCUCCGUCGCCUGAACGUAACCAUCAGGUAGCAAGAGUAAUUGGCGAAUUACCGAUAGCCCAGUAUUCAGGAAGUCCACGGCGAUAUGGUGUUCGUGAAAAUCCAAGAUUACCCAGUCUUCUCUCAUCGCCGUCUGUAUAUUUGACACCGAGACCAGGUUUUCCUCAGAGAAUACUGCCGACUACGCCCAACCAAAAAGAGAAGGACGAUAAUUCGACGGAAGUCGUUGUCGAUAACGUCCAAUUGGAAAAUAAUACGGCAAACACAGUAGAACCCUCGCCCGAUCCAGUGCCAGUCUCACCCGAACCUGAGGAGGAAGAGGAGGAAGAAGAUGAAGAGGAAGAAGAGGAGGAGGAGGAGGAGGAGGAGGACGACGACGACGAGGAUGACGAUUCGCUAAAACCUUCAGUAAUCGAUGGUGACAAUUUGACGAGUCUUGUCGCAUCCGGUGGCAGUACUUUCGAUUAUCUCUACGAAUUUUCGGAAACCCGCAAAGUAUUGGAGGAAUUUUUCAAAUGUCCACCGCCGAACGAAGAGCCGGAAAACAAUGGCGAAUCGUUCCCAUUCCAGGAUCUUGAUUACGAAUUACGAAGACAAGGAGGCAGCUCGUACGUUGGUCAAAGACUCGCAAGUGGAUUGCCUGGCGUUGAGGAAGUUAUGGUUCACGAAUCACCGAAAAAACAAAGAUCAGACUUUCCCCAAACCACGGUGGAGCACGAGAAUAACUUUCUGGAUUUGUCGGUGGGGACCGGGAGCAGCGAGGAUCUCGGUGAGACAGAAGUUGGGCUUCAAGUCGGUCAUUCGCGAAAUUUUACGUUGAGUCCGGAGACAACGGAUUGCGACAGUAAUUGUGGGGAUUUAGACAGUGACAUGUCGCUAAUGAUGAUGGACAAUGAAUUAAUGCCGGCAUCGGGGUUGCUUGGCUCGGUCGGUGAUUUGGGUAAUAAUUCGGAUUCGUUGAGAAUACAUACGAGCAUGCCAGUAUUGGAGGAUGGAUUGUCGAGCGGCCACGCGAGUGAUACGGACAACAAUAAUCCGACAGUUAUGUUAAUGGAGAGGCAAAAGCGCGAGGUUGAUGUAGAAAUAAUACCGCGUACAAGAGAGGACGUUAUGUCUACUCUCGGUUGCGAACAACCGAAAGACGGGGUCGUCGAUAUCACAAAGGAUAUAUUGAGAAUGCUCAAAGAAACAUCGCCCGAUUUUUUCAUCGCGCAGAAAGACAACGCGUAUGAAUCGAACGAAUUGAACCUCGACGGAUUAGAUCCACUCGGUACUCCACCGCCUCCGGCUCCCCAGGGUCGACAAAGUUCCAAUCUCGAGGUCGGCGGAGAAGUCGAAGCUGCUAUCAAAGACAUCAGAAUGGCACUGCAAAAAACUAAGACUCUACCUGUUAAAUCACCUGCUGAUGACAUUCCUGAAACGAGCAUCAGUCCCAUAUGGAUUCCAAGUAUGUUGGAUGGCAGGCGGCGUGUCUGCAAUGAGAGCAACAGCGAGGAUUCCGAAGCGAGACGAAUCGACGAUGAGGCAGAACCUGAAAUCGAAGAACAAAUUGAUGAUGAGGAAGCGGAUACCGAUCUCGAAACGGACAGAUUACUCGGGCAGCAGAGGACCGAUGAUCAGGGAUUUUACGACGAUAGUGGGUGGCGGAAACCUAAGACUAGGACAAUGUUACCACCAAUGAGUACAAAAGUCGUAACUCCAAAGCAAACCCCACCGAAAACCCUGAGUGUUGCUCCAUUAGAAACGCUAGCGAGCCCAACGGAAACCUUACCCUCGACUUCAACGUCCAUGUCACCGCCUCCCGUUGUCACGAACGUACGUACUACGUCGUCUCCCGAAAUCGACGUAACAACACCCACGAAAAUCACUACGAGUCCCCAGAAGAGUCCGGUUAAAAAUUCUCCCUCGCCCACUCAGAGCCUCAAGGAGUCCAGCGGCAAAGGGAAAAAGGACAAGGAGGGCAAAAAAAAGUCACGAAAUAAAGAAGGAUUGCUCGAUGAUCCCUCAGUUUUGAUCGAGGGUGUUUUGUUUCGUGCCCGCUAUCUCGGUUCGACCCAAUUGGUUUGUGAGGGUCAACCGACGAAAUCAACGAGAAUGUGCCAGGCCGAGGAAGCCGUUUCUAGGAUAAAGGAUGACGUACCAAUGCCGAUGCAGGCUACUCUCUUAAACUACGGGAGCCAGCACGGUUAUGGUCGCUGCAGCGUCGCAUCACAAGGAAGUCUAGAUGAAGACGAUUGCGACUCGAGCGAGGAACUGAUAGGAAAUGUUGCCGGUGGUGGAAAUCAUACCGAACCGCACACAUUCGGUGGACAAACUAAGAUAUUACCGAUCGGUGGAACCUUGGGUCCAACCACCUCUUUCAGACUACAUUUUCUCGGUUCGGUUGAGGUGGAAGAGGAAGGGGGACGAAAACGGCGUAAACGCCUUAAGAAGCACAUGGUCGAGGAGGCUGUCACUAAGAUAAAGGCAUUGGCACCGGAUGGAGAAACCCAACCGAGCACCGAAGUAGAUCUCUUCAUAUCGACUGAAAAGAUAAUGGUUCUGAAUACCGAUCUAAAAGAAAUAAUGAUGGAUCACGCCCUUAGAACAAUCUCGUACAUCGCUGAUAUCGGGGAUCUCGUCGUAUUGAUGGCACGACGACGUUUCGUUCCUCAUGAAAUGGAAGAUCCGCCGAAAAUAAAUCGUACACCGAAAAUGAUAUGCCACGUGUUCGAGAGCGAAGAAGCUCAAUUCAUUGCACAAAGCAUCGGACAAGCGUUUCAAGUUGCUUAUAUGGAAUUCCUGAAGGCGAACGGUAUCGAGGAUCACAGUUUUGUCAAGGAAAUGGACUAUCAAGAAGUUCUCAACUCGCAGGAGAUCUUUGGCGAUGAACUCCAAAUGUUUGCGAAGAAGGAGAUGCAAAAAGAGGUUGUCGUACCAAAGGCAAAGGGUGAAAUAUUGGGUGUAGUAAUUGUGGAAUCCGGUUGGGGCUCGAUGCUGCCGACCGUGGUGAUAGCGAAUCUUGCGCCAGCCGGUGCAGCCGCGCGAUGUGGCCAGUUGAACAUUGGCGAUCAAAUAAUAGCUAUAAAUGGUGUCUCGCUGGUCGGUUUGCCACUAUCCACGUGUCAGACUUAUAUUAAAAAUUCGAAGAAUCAAACCGUGGUUAAAUUAACGGUUGUACCUUGCGCUCCGGUCGUCGAGGUGAAAAUCAAGAGGCCCGAUACGAAAUAUCAAUUAGGCUUUAGUGUACAAAACGGCGUUAUAUGCAGCCUUCUACGAGGCGGCAUCGCUGAGAGAGGUGGGGUUAGAGUUGGACAUAGAAUUAUCGAGAUCAACAAUCAGAGCGUUGUUGCUGUACCGCACGAAAAAAUUGUCAAUCUCUUGGCUACGUCCGUUGGCGAGAUCUUGAUGAAGACGAUGCCGACUUCUAUGUUUCGACUGUUGACUGGCCAGGAGUCUCCGGUGUACAUAUAAGCGUUCAGUUUUGCCUGGCCGUUACGUAGUGAACAGACAAUACAUCCGCCAUCCACUACUAUUGCACCAUUCGACACGAAGAAAAGCACACAUCUAAAAUAAACACCCACACACAAACACGAAAACAAAUAAACACACAAUAAGCAACUUAAACUGUACGCGAAAAAUACUGAAAAGGUAGUUCCGGGCGAGAAUCGCUUUGUAUUCCAGUUCUUACGGAACAGCCUGUACAUUUACCAGCUCUUACAUAGCAGCAAGCCAUGGCUAUCCUCGCGAGCCGAAAGAAACAAGUGAAAAACGAAGGCUAAAUAUUUACUCGAACGUAAUUAUUUCUAUAUGAUUAUGAUAAAUAUAUAUAUAUUUUUCAUGUAUAUGUGUAUAUAUGUGCAUCAGCGCGCGUGAAUAUAUACACAUAUAUACUCAAAAAUAUAUACAUAUAUAAAUUUUAUCGAAAAAUAGGAUUUUCUAUAGCAGUCACGAAAAAAGAAUUCUAUCGCGUCAUUUGCAAAAGAUCUCGCUUCAAGGAUUCGUUGGAAUGCGUAUCGCUGUUCAAUCGCAUAUUUGCUAUGUUCGAACAGCAUUCGAAGCACUUAUUAUCAAAGGGGCAAAUUCUGAAAGAAUAUUCAGGAAAAAUUUGCAUAUUAGAAUAUUCUCAAUAGUGGCGACAAUCAAGGAUUUAUAGAAGGAGAAUAGCCAGAUCGAUCGAGUUGCAGUUGUAUUUUUUUAUUUACAAAAACUACGAAGAACGCUAAGAAGAACGGAGUUUGAAAAGACACGAAAAAAGCUCGGAUUAUUGAAAUAUUUGCUACUAUUGUAGUAUCAUUCAAACUUUUACACGUGAUCAUGAUCAAGAUUCAUUUGUUAUAUCCUACUUUUGUACCUUCAAACACUAGCCUUUGUCCGGAAAAUCCAGACCAUACGAAUUAUUUCAUUUCGAUCUUAAUCGUUAAUGCUGUUUUGUUCUCAGUAUUAAAAGAGUUGAAAUAAUGACGCUCGAUCGUUCCAUCCAGUAUCUAUAAAUUCCUUAGUUUCGCCAUUUUGAAAUUUCGUGAAACAACAAGGACGUAGGGAGGAGAGAGAGAGAGAGAGAAAAAAAACGAAAAAACUCUUUGCUGCUAUGGGUGAUCUAAAUAAAAUGCGCCAAGGAAGAUGAUAGGGUGAAUCGCGAUGCACAUGAUUACAAAUAGCACAAAGCUCUAUGAAAAAAAUUCUGUCUGGAGCAGGGCUGAAAACUGUAUAUUAUGCUAACCAAUGUAGUAAUAUUUCCAAGAAAAUAAACAAACAAGGAAAAAAAAGAUAAGAAAAGAAAAAUGGGCACUCCCCUAUGAUUUGGAGUCGCAAUCUAUACAUUCCAUCGUUUAAAUCUUCUAAAAACUUAAGCUCCAGGAAUGCUUAAAAACGCGGUGCCCAAUUUCAUUCGUUUGUACUAAAAGAAGAAAAGUAUGAAUAAUAUUAAUAUUAAUAAUAUUGUACCUAAUCUGUAACUUCGCAUUUAUACGUCUGAUGGUAAACUCGUGCUAUAUGCGUAAAAGAGCAAAGAAGAUUGAAUUUUUAAAGAUGACGAGAAGUAAUAAUGAGAAUUAACAAAUUACAUAAGAGUUUAUCAUUUUUGCUGCUAAAUAUAAUUCUUUUACUUCCAAAUCUUGGAGUUCACCAUCAACAUUAUAUAUUUGGCUGAUGCGUUAUUUAUUUUCUAUUUCACUAGUUCAGAAACUCUUAGCAAAAAUGUUUACUUGUGAUUGAACGUUAGCUGGACGUUCAAAUGUUGGAGGCAUUUCAAAUUCAAGGAACAUACGAAACUAACAGAAAUUGUGACGAUAAUAGGAAAGAAUUAGUGUCGUGUAAUCUUAUAAGCAGCUAAAUCGUAUCAGAUUAAUUGAUUUUUUUAAUUGAGCGACUCUGAUUGGCCUUCAUGGGAAUUCUAAAGAAAAAAACAAACUAAUAAUGUACAUAAAAUUCGCGUUUUGUGAAUUCAAGAUGUAGCGACGAGACAUAGAUAGGAAUAAUGGCUGGAAGCGGCUUAGGAAGAAAGAUAAAAAAAACCAACUAUGCUCUUUUACGCAACAUAGCGCCAAUCGUUAUAAUCUAAGUUUGAUCUAUUUUUGCUGCAAAAAAAACUUAUCGAUCGUAAAUUAUUCCGCUUCGAGUAUAAUAUGGGAGUGCGCGGGCAGUUGAAAAAGGUGCAGAUACUAAAGAAAAAGAUUCCUAACAUCUAAUGAAAUUUCAACGCCAAAAUACUUUUAUUGAUCUCGAGGUCCAUGAUCACCUUUAAAUCAAAGGCUGUAACUUGCUCGGGAAUACUCGAAGUUACUUCAAAAUAUUACUACUAUAUUCCUUCAAACCAUUCUGUUGAUAUUUAUCCUUCAUUUUUAUCAAUUGUUUUGCACUCUUAUUUGCAGCAAUAAAUUGCAAACGAAAUCACUUUCAAUUUUAUUCUACCGCCUUUUCAGAGUUUCGAGAGACGCAAAAAUUCGAACAAAGCCUAUGUAAAAAGAAUACUAAAACUAUAUAAAUAUAAUAAAUAUAAAAAAAAGCUACGAUAAAAUUGGUAUUUUGGCAUCGAAAUUUCGUUGCAUAUCUUUGAUGAGCAUUGUCACGGUAUGAAUAUAUAAUAUGGGAUCAAACAAGAUGUUAUAUAGUUGGGUGGCUAAAAAAAUCCAGUAUCUAGUCAUUAGAGCUAAGAGAGAAGGAAAAGAACGAAAGAAGAGGAGUUAAUUAUAGUUAGUAAAAAAGCCAUGAAAGAAUACUCAGCCAUCGCCAGCCACCCUGACUGAUCGUGUCUAGCUACAUUUUUACUGUUCCAUCUUGUAUCCAAAAGAGCAAAAAAAACCAAAAACGAAAUGUGAUUAAUCUGACCUUGCGUGAUUUCUCCCAAAUGUUAUGUCCCGCGAGAACGGAAAUUGUAUGUAAACCAUCUUGUACGACGAUUAUACUAUUUCAUUUCCGGUGAUCACGAACGAAGAUACAAAAAACAAUCGGAUAAACGCUUCGUUUUCUUUACUUUCAUCUCAACUACUAAUUGAUAUUUUUUUAAAUUUCAUUCUUGUAGCGAUUCACCGGUACGAUUGUUUUUUGUAACAUAUAUAAAAAAAAAAAACGUCAUUCACUUUCAUGACACACUCAUUGCAUAUCUUCGAUGAAAAAAAAGAAAAAAAACAUGUAUCUUUUGGCCUUUCGAUGAGUCAUCGAUCGAGAAGGAGGAACGAACGGAACAGUUCCUCUUUUUCUGCGUGUUAAAAGAAUUAUAAAGAAAAAUCAAGAUUCCACGAACUAUUAACGAGCAAUUUUUCAUCCCAUUACCGUAAUAAAAAUUGUGACGCAAUUGCGAUUUCAUCGAUCGAAACGUACACGCCAUGAGCAGAAACUGUGUGUACUGGAGAGCAAGUAUCGGGCAAAUUUGAUUAAUUGAUACGUAAACGCGUGAUCAAUUGAUUACGAAAAAUUACCAGUUGAAAUCGUUAUUUAUAUAUAAAUGAAUAAAUUUAAAGAAAUAUAUAUAUAUAUAUAUAUUCGUACGUUCAUAUAAAUUAUAUAGCGAAAUGUAUAUUUAUAUGAAUAUACAAAUAUAUAAAUGACGCCCAAUCGUAUAAAUAAAAAAGAAAAAAAAAACAAAAAUAAUCUUAUACAUGCUAGAGCUUUUGCGCUAUAGCUUCGAAAGUCAUGAGGGCACGCUACGUCACGGAAAAAGAAGAAAACGGAAUAUGAAAAAAAUGGAAAAAAAAAAACAAUACAAAAUAAUAAAAUUGUCAUGACUUAAUCUUUAUCGAUGUUUGUGAGUGGUUAAUAUGUAAGUUAUAAUUAUCUAAGUGAGCUAUUGAAUGUGUAUAUGGUAAUAUUAAAUUAUACUAGUCCACACAAAGAUAACAAUAAACUGUAAUUUUGAAUUCAA